AGUGGAAUCCUGUAGGCCUGGUUGGAAUCAUAACUGCGUUCAACUUCCCUGUGGCGGUGUAUGGCUGGAACAACGCCAUCGCCAUGAUCUGUGGGAAUGCCUGCCUUUGGAAAGGAGCUCCAACAACUUCCCUCAUUAGUGUAGCUGUCACAAAGGUAAUAGUCAAGGUUCUGGAGGACAACAAGCUGCCUGGUGCUAUUUGUUCCUUGACUUGUGGUGUAGCGGAUACUGGCACAGCCAUGGCCAAAGAUGAGCGAAUGAACCUGCUGUCCUUCACUGGGAGCACUCAGGUGGGAAAACAAGUGGCUCUUACGGUGCAGGAGAGGUUUGGGAGAAGUUUAUUAGAACUCGGAGGAAACAAUGCAAUUAUAGCUUUUGAGGAUUCGGACCUCAGCUUAGUCGUUCCCUCAGCUCUCUUUGCAGCCAUGGGGACAGCCGGCCAGAGGUGUACCACAGCGAGGCGCCUGUUUUUACAUGAAAGCAUUCAUGAUGAAGUUGUUAAUAGACUUAAAAAGGCCUAUGUACAGAUCCGUGUUGGGAACCCGUGGGACUCUAAUGUUCUCUAUGGGCCACUCCACACCAAACAGGCAGUGAGCAUGUUUCUUGGAGCAGUGGAGGAAGCAAAGAAAGAAGGUGGCACCGUGGUCUAUGGUGGCAAGGUUAUGGAUCGCCCUGGAAAUUAUGUAGAACUGACAAUUGUGACAGGCCUUGACCACAACUCGUCCAUUAUACACACAGAGACUUUUGCCCCAAUUCUUUAUGUCUUUAAAUUCAAGAAUGAAGACGAGGUCUUUGCAUGGAAUAAUGAAGUAAAACAGGGACUUUCAAGUAGCAUCUUUACCAAGGAUUUCGGCAGAAUCUUUCGCUGGCUUGGCCCAAAAGGAUCAGACUGUGGCAUUGUAAACGUCAACAUUCCAACGAGUGGGGCUGAGAUUGGAGGUGCAUUUGGAGGAGAGAAGCACACUGGCGGUGGCAGGGAGUCUGGUAGUGAUGCCUGGAAACAGUACAUGAGAAGAUCUACUUGUACCAUCAACUACAGUAAGGACCUGCCUCUGGCCCACGGAAUCAAGUUUCAGUAAAGUUGCUUUCAAUUGACAUUUCAAGUGUUUCAGGCAUUGUUGCAUCUCUUUCUUCUGAAGAAGACGAAGAAAAUUACUAUUUGCCUUGAAUAAAUGGAUCAUUUUGAAUUUGACAGUGGUUAAUCCCUUAUGCUUCUGAAGCCUAAAUCAAGAGACUUUUUUAAAAAAUA